AUGGCAAGCAUCGUCUCUGAAACAGUCACCAACAUUCUCUCUGAAUUGCCUGAUGGCAUCUUACCGAGAUGGAUGCUGUUCACUUCAGCACUCGGUAUUUUCAACACCAUUCAGAACUAUUGCACAAGCUCGCUGACGAAGCAAGUCUACGGCAACAAACCUGAACAAAUCAGUGCGUUGAGUGGACGCCUGUUUGCUACAUGGACCUGGUCCGUCAGCAUGAUCCGUAUCUAUGCCGCUUUUCAUCUUCAACAUCGCUUCAUGUACAACCUUGGUAUUUGGACCUAUGUCAUCGCAUUGACUCAUUUUACCAGUGAAUGGCUCGUUUUCCGUACCUGUCGCGUCAACAAAGGGUUCAUGUCACCCAUGAUCGUAGCCGUAUGCUCUUUAAUUUACUUGGUUCGAGUGAAAGAAGACUACGUGAAAUUCGAUUAG